AUGAGGCUGCUAUAUAAAACUGGUCCAAUGGAGUCACUAAGAAAGUGGUUCUACAAACCGAAGAGGGACGACCGGUCACUUCUAGCUCAGUUCUUCUUCGCCGACGACGCUCUGAAUAUGGUCGCGGCGGAGUUGGACUCGUUUGAUGGCCGUAAAGACCCGGAGAGAUGCUCCACUCUCGUCAACCAGCUUAGGCACGCACAGGAUCGCGUGUUGAACAUCACAAGCCAGAUAAUGGACCAGUUGCUGGGUGACGAGCGCGUGGCGCGUGGCUUCCGCGUCAAAUUCCCCGAGGACGUGUUACAAGACAAUCUUGCAGGACAGCUUUGGUUCGGUGCUGAGUGUCUAGCCGCCGGUUCGUCAAUAAUGAACCGCGAAGAAGAAUCAGCAGCGAUGCGACCGCUCGCGAAGGCUCUCACUCGUAGUCUAGAGACCGUGCGCUCUUUACUCCGGGAGCAGUGCUUGAGACCUCGAGGUAUGGCGCUAUCGCAGCACGACGAUAUGUUGCACGAGAGCUUGAGAAUAUUUGACAGGCUGUUUGCGGAAUUCGAGCUGUGUUACGUUAGCGCCAUGGUAAACGUGAAAACACCGCACGAGUUCGAAGCUCAACAACUCAUUUGCGUGCUAUUCUCCGAGAGUCUGCGUAGAGCGCUAAAACAAAAUUUACUCACUCAGGAACAGGUGGACUCGUAUGACCCCGCUUUGAUGUUCGCCGUCCCCCGCCUGGCUAUUGUCAGUGGACUUCUGAUAUACUCAAGCGGACCCCUCAGCAUCGAUAAGCCGCCAGAGGAGAUGUCGGACAUGUUCCGUCCGUUCCGCACGUUGUUGCACAAGAUCCGCUCGCUGCUGUGGACGCUGGACCGACGCGAGCUCGUGGCCUUGGAGCGCCUGCUGUGCACCAACGAGGACAUCUCCAACCUCGCAACGCUGGACCUGCCUGUUGAUCCAGAAUCCUCAAACGACUGGUCAUGUCCGUAUCCGGACAUAGGAGAGUUCGUGACGAGGUUCUAUGCCGAUCAUGCGCACUGCCGCGAACUGUACUCACAACAAAGUUCCAGUGAACCAGUAAUAACAGACGGCGAUUAUCUUCCUGACAACAUAGAAGUAAUGACACCAAUUAUCGACGGCCUACGGCGUUUGAGCGAAGGCAUCGAAGAUAUCGACGCUCAGGAUUCGGAACAUGAAACAAUCAAAACGUCAUCACGACACUAUUCCGACACUACAAGCACAGACACAUUCCAAACAACCGACAGUAGAGAUUACAUCGAAAGAUCUCGAAAAACAAGUAAAACUGAAACAAAUAACGACCUGUCUUCGCUAAGAAAUCUAUCUACAAACGGUCUUAUGAUGUUUGAUCCUUUAGUCAUCAACGCUGUACCCUCGACCGACGCUAACAGGCAGCUCCCCGACCACGACCUCGUGACGUCACUCAACGAUCAGGUUACAGAAAUUGCCGAUCGGUUAUCUUCCAUCGCCACUAGUGACGUUGAAAUCAUAGACCACAACCAAAUGCACUCUUUCUCCACCAAUGACGUACCAACAUUAAUAGCGACUGAUGAAACUGAAGCAUUCGGCUUCUCUGGCCCAAGAAACGAACAACUAAGUUGUAUGCCAUCAACGAGUCAUGGGUAUUUAAUACCUAACGCUAUAAGUCACGAACCUGCCGUCUUGUCGUCCCUAUCACACAACAGCUCGGCCGUAUUCAACCAGGACGAGGAAUCUGGCAACGAUAUUAACGGUGCAAUACUAAAUGCUGAUCUCCCACUUAUAAUUCCCGAUAAUAUUGAUGCUGAUAUUGUAAAUACAAAUAUUUCUAUAGCUAACGCUAACUUAAGUUCUCUCCUGCUGACCAAUGAGGAAUAUAGUAGUUAUGUAGAAAACGAAAAUGCCGAUGGUGACAACACGAGUUUCCAUUCGGCUAAAAUGACUAUAGAAAGAGAAGACGAAAGGGUUAAGUUUAUGUUAGGGUAUGAAAGUGACCACGAAUCCCCGGUAGACUCGGGCGUCAGUACUGAAAAUACUAGUUUAGAUAGAUCGCCCGACACCGAGGGUAAAGACAUUAAAGAGUUAAAAGACAAUCAUUUCAUGCAACAAAACAGGGUAUUAAAAAGUCCAGAGUCCGAAGCAGACGUCAGUAAACACGCCAAAAAUACUUUAGAGAGUUCCUUUUCCGAUGUAAAUAAUGAAACUGUAAAUAUUUCUUAUGUAGAAGAUGAGAGUAGCAAAAAUGAGGCGGGGUCUUCUUCAAGUAUAAUGGAUAAGGUUUUAAAUAGGUUAAGUUCUGACGAGGAAGGGUUGAACGAAGCUUCCAAUGAGCAUGAAGCGCGGCGGGUGUUGCAAGACUGGGGAGCGAAUGUGGGAGAUGAUGAAUAUAGAACGAUAGAUGAAGUGAUUACCGAGUUGAGAAGGCAUAGAGAAGCGGAUAAGAAGAUUAGUUCGCUAGUAACAGAAGACAAUAAUGUUAGUUCUAACGCUGAUGUUGGGCCGAGCACUCAGACUAGUAGCCGACCCAAGAAGUCGAGGAAGUCUGCCACUAAAAGCAAAAAGAAAAAGAGUAAAAUUUGGUCGCCUAGUAUGGUGAUAUUAGAUAACCGGUCGAUACAAAACCAGAAUAGUCCACUUCGAUUGAACUUGGACCAUUUUGUUGAUGAAGGAAGAAGCAGGUGUAGUACAUCAGAAUGUGCAGACGAUGAACAGAUAGCUUUAGCGUUGCAAGCACAGGAGCUUGCGGCGAGACACCAUGCAAGGGGCAAGUUUAAGUCAAGUGAAGACCUCAUCCAUCGUCUGUUCGUAUGUAUCGCGGGCGUUGCUGACCAGUUGCAAACGAACUUCGCAGCGGAUCUACGAAACAUUCUUAAGUCCGUUUUUCUUAUGAAUCAGUCAUGCGAUCCGGAACCGGAACCGCAACCGCAGCCCGAGAAGAUACCGGCGACCAUCGAGUACGAACCGACCGAAGAUCAGGUUAUACAGAAUGGCAGCUCAUUUGACAGUGUUUAUUCAGCAGAAGAAGUAUACGCGGACAGCACCUCAGAUUCUACGUCGAACGAGAGCGGUCGUGUGGCGCGUCGCAACACGGUCAACGCGACCGACCGCCCCGACCGACACGAGCGUGCCGAAGAGACGGGCAGUGACGAGCGGAGGAAGUCUAUCGACACCUCCGUCAACAUACAAGCGUCUGUGUCCACGGGGGAUCUCACUUAUAGAGAGGCUGAGCGGUCUGAGCGGUCGGAGCGGUGUGAGCGGCCGGAGCGGCUGCCCGAGUGGGUGCCGGACAUCGCGGCGCCGGCCUGCAUGCGCUGCGCCGCGCCCUUCACGGCCUUCCGCCGCCGCCACCACUGCCGCAACUGUGGCAAAGUAUUCUGCGCGUCUUGCAGUUCUAACUCGAUACCUCUGCCGCGCUACGGUCAGCUGAAACCCGUUCGAGUGUGCGACGAGUGUUUCCGCUCUAUCGCUAACAAUUGCCGAAGGCCGCAAACGUCUCAGCAGCACCGGUGA